AUGCCUGGAGCCUCGCUGAAGAAUCACCUAAUGGCAAAGGGUUUCAACGCUGCUGCAGUAAGCCAACGCUUUUACUCAAGUUCCUAGCAGCAAGUCGUGACCACUUAGUCCCAUACUAAAUUUUUAUUUUUGCAGGCUAGACAAACCAUGAAGGUACAAGGAAAACACUGCAGACUCGUGAACGAGCGAAUCGACAUCAAUGUAAGUAAUUUCGAAAUCGCAGUAAAAUUUCUCCUGAAACUGACUUUAUCCAGUCUCAGACUUGGGCCAACUCUAUCCGUCCACAGAAAACAGAAUGUUUACUCAUGGACCUGCCGCCUGAAGUACGUCUCAGGAUCUGGGAAUUUUGUAUUCAGAACCUGCGUAUGUGCUCCCUUCCGUCUGCAAUAUGCCACAAUAUGAGAUGCCACGGAUGCUAACCUAUUCAGCUUGCGGUAGACGCCCCGUGACGAUUGCGAGGUCUGAGCGGCAAUUCAAACGGGAUCAGCAUUUGAUCGAGCGUAAGCAUUAUAGCGGUCAAGUCUACGCAGCUCUUAAGCGAGCAAAAUUCUUUGACGCAGUGCAUCCUAACUUUCGAGCGCAGAUGUUCAAUCUUCUCGUGAUUUGUCGCCACGCGUAUCUCGAGAUUGUGGGUGGAGCACUCUUAUACAAACUUAAGGCCUUUCGGUUCACCCACCCGACAAUUAUGGCCCAAUUUUGUAUUAGAAUCGAACCGCUUUGGUAUUUUAUUCAAAGUCUGGUUCUUGACUUCGAGAUCUUUUCUGGUUCAAGACUCUCUCACGUUUUGGGUGUCAUAGAGGAGUUAAAAAAUUUCCAAACCCUUAACAAAUUGAGAGUCAAGGUAAAGAUAUGCACCGGAGUCCGGGCAGAUGAUGAUCCUCUUAGCCCACAGAAUCUGACAGAUAGUUUUGUAUACUGCAAGGGAUUAUGGCAGUGGAGCAUGCGAAUUCCGAAGACUGAGACGCACCGCCUCAAUGGUUUCUACAUUGAAAUCAGCGGUAUUGAAGAACUCUGGCCUUUCUACCUCAGAUUCGGCGGUGAUAGAGGCGGUUGGCAUAUCAUCAGGAAUGUCUAUGCUAUACAAUUCAUGAAAGUUAACGGUAUAGCCUUUCGACUCGCGAAAACAUAUCCAAGUAUCCACAACAUGAAAGGUUUAAGUGAAUAUGACCCACCCAAAGAAAAGUUUAUUUGGUAUGAUUAUGAGGAGCCUGUCUUUGAUGUGGAAAGUGCUCAGGAGUUUCUUGAGAUGAUGCAAGAGGAGCAAGACGAACAGGAUGAACAGGAUGAACAAGAUGAACAGGAUGAACAGGAUGAACAGGAUGAACAGGAUGAACAGGAUGAACAGGAUGAACAGGAUGAACAGGAUGAACAGGAUGAACAGGAUGAACAGGAUGAACAGGAUGAACAGGAUGAACAGGAUGAACAAGACAAGGAAGAGGAGCGAAAAGAGCAAGAAGAGCAAGAAAGACAAGAAAAGGAAGAUGAGGAAGAGUAA